AUGUCUGACGCUGAAGAUAAACAGUCCAUCCAAGACAAUCUAAGAAAGGACCCAAACCUUGUGCCUGAAAAUAGGCCAUCUCUGGCUAAUGAUGCCACUCAGUCUUACGAUACGCUUCCAUCAAUGAAGGCUUACGAUACGGCUUAUCCUCCACUUAACCAGUACUCCUCAGGCCAGCCGCUGAAGCCGUUCCAACCACUUGAACACCGGAAGCCUUCGGUAUGGCUGUCAGCAGCUACUCCAAUUCCACAAAGCCAUGGAUUUGGUGUCCAGCCUGUCCAGGCGCCAACUCCUGGAGGACAUCCAGGCCAUGUUAUGUAUAUGGGUUCUAAUGGAGCACCAGUGUCCGGUCCAGGCCAUGCGGUUCCUUACGCUGCUUACAAUUCAAUGAACUCUGGUCUUGCCAACCAAGGCAUUCCACAAUCACACGACAAUAAUACCAGUAAUCCAAAUGGUAUUAUGGAUGGUGCCUCUGCUGCUCAGUCAGUGGCUGCUGGUCAAGAAAAGGCUCGUAUGCGUGUGAACAAAGCUUGUGAACGUUGUCGUAAUCAUAAAGUCAAGUGCAGCGGAAGCCAGCCUUGUACGAAUUGCGUCAAGCACAGUGUUGAAUGUGUGUUUAGAACUGCCGGUCAGGCUACUGCCACUGUAACUACUCAAGGAAACAUCCUUGGUGUUUCUACAUCUUCUGCCACAAGCAAUGAUGGCCUUGCUCCACUGAGCGAAAUGUCAGCACCAGAUGGUCCACAGAGAAAGAAACAACGGUCGGCUUUCUCGCCAGAUCCAUUCCCUACUCAUCCCGUUCAAACUCAAAAUGAUCACCCACCUAACGUACCAGCAACUCCUAACUACCAUUCUCACGCUUUACCAGUUAUUCAAAAAAAUUAUGCUGAUCCAUCAUAUACGGCAUACUUGGAAAAUAGAGUUCACUACCUAGAGAACUUGCUCUCUGAUCACCUGAAUGGGCACGUUAAGAACGUGGGAAGGAUCAAUCCAGAUACUCUGGAUGUUGCAGACUUAAUGCGUCACACAGCUUCCAAAUGGCGUUCAAGUAGGCGACACCAAAACGCUUUGGUGAUUGAGUUGUGUAAGGCUUUGUACGAAGGUCUUGACCCAGAAGCCAAGCUGAAGGUUACUGUUCCUCGUACUCAGUAUUUCGGAUGGAACUUAUCUGGCUGUAAUUAUCUUAAGCCUGAGCCUUUGCCUUCGUUGCCAGAUAUCAAAUUGCUCAACGAAGCUACUAAGACGCAUUAUGUCGAUUUCUUCUUCCGUGAAAUCAACCCUCUUUACGCAAUUCUCCACGAAACCGUCUUCAGAGAGCAGAUAGUGGCUUUCAACAAACAGUCAAGUUCUGGUGCUCCUACCAACGUCACAGCCCUUUUCCUGGCAAUGUUAUGUCUCGUCUAUGCUUUAAGUAAUCGUUUCGUGCAAUUUAUGAAACCAGAGGGACCUAGUAUGGAUAUGCUUCGUUUGGAAGAAAGACUUUUCAAAUAUUCCCAUAAGGUCUUGCAAAUUUUCAGUUUUGAAUGGGAAUCCUUUGAGUUGAUCCAGUGCUGGUUGCUCGUGACGCUUUACUUGCGUAUUACCCACAGACAAACAGCCGCCAACUCUGCCUUUGGCCAUGCAAUCGGUAUGUGUCGUUCUAUGGGAUUGUUUAGAGACAGAAAAGUUACUGCUGACGUUUCCACAUACGAUCUUUUGAAGGCCAAGCGUAUUUUCUUUUCAGUUUACUGCUUUGAUAGAAUCAUGUUUCUUCAAGCUGGCCGUUACAGAGCGCUCAACGAGUUUGAUAUAAUACGGCCCUUCCCCAGUUUCGAUUUCGUUAAGGAAUCAGCAGGUGACGAUUGGAUCACUUUACCUGCCUUUGCAAUGAUACAUAUCGCUCGUGUGUCCAACUUCAUUCACACUAAUAGUUCAGACAACUAUGACUUGCUUAAGUCUCAGCAAAUCAAUAAGGAAAUCUACUUGCUUCAAGGUUGGCUUUCUGAGAAUGGGUUUGACGAUGUGCAUGAUAUUUUCCCUUACGAAGGCUGCGGAGGUCCUGUUUCACAUAUGAUGAAAGCUACUGUCAAGCUCCACUUCUAUGACUUAUUGUUGGCAAUCCAUGGAAAGCUUCUAUUCAGCUACUUCGGGAAACGUCUUGCAUCGGAAGGUAUGCAAAUCGAGAAAGUGGUCGAAGCCAACGAAGGAGUCAUUUAUUUGCUCAACAAACUCAAAAACGCAAAGUGUCUAUACGCUCCUUGGUAUAUUAACCUUCUCUUGUUGUUUAAUGUUGGUAUCAACUGUCUUGUUUUCAUCAAUGCGGGUGUUUUCCUUGUUGAAUCACGAAGACUAAUGAAGGAUUCUAUGAACUUGCUUAAUUAUUACCAAGACUCGCCGGUUAAGAAUGAUAAAGGUAAGCUCAUCUUUCACGAAAGGUUCAAAAUGGUGAAAGAGUGUAUUUGGGUGUUCAAGAUGACCAAUAAGAUCAUGUCACUUAGUUUCCAAAAGUCCCUUGCCGAUAUCGAAGAGUAUGGCACGGAUCCAGGAUCAGCAGAGGUCAACCAGCAAUACUUUACUCAGUUUGGACUCAUGAAGCAAAAGAAAAAAGACGACUUGGAGAAACUCAUGGAGGACCAGAGCAAGAGAGAGUACUACGACCAUACAAGAAGUGUUGUUUCUGACGAUCCAUCCCCGGGAACGGUUCCUUCACAACCAGCUUCAGAUGCCUUUGGUAACGAUAAUUUCUUAGGCAACCUUCAGUGGUUCGACCAAUGGCUCGACUUCAACCAGGAGAUAUAG